CGUUUUAGACCAUACAGCACACAAUACCCCCCGCAAUGACUGUGCACUAUGUUCACGAAGGCCCAGAGCCUCAAGAGUCACGGUAUAGCAUCCCGCAACAUACAACAUGGAUGGACCCUAACAACCGUCGCCUGCGGGUGAUUACCAUUGGAGCUGGCUUUUCUGGAAUUUUGAUGGCGUAUCAAAUCCAGAAGCAAUGCGCAAAUAUCGAACAUGUGGUGUACGAGAAGAAUCAUGAUAUUGGAGGCACUUGGCUCACAAAUCGUUACCCUAAUGCAGGCUGUGAUGUUCCCAGUCAUGCGUAUACGUAUCGGUUUGCACUUUACCCCGAUUGGCCUCGUUACUUCUCCUACGCGUCGGAUAUCUGGGAGUAUCUAGACAAAGUUUGUGCAGCCUUCAAAUUACGACAGUACAUGCAGUUCCGAACAGAGGUCAUCAAAGCCUGCUGGAACGAAGAGGAAGGGCAGUGGAAGGUACGUCUCCGGCGACAGCGGCCAGGACAGGAACCGGAAGAGUUCGACGACCAUUGCCAUAUACUGCUGAAUGCAUGUGGGGUCUUGAGUAAUCCAAAGUGGCCAGAUACGCCUGGACUCCACGAUCGCUUCAAGGGCCGCGUUAUUCACACGGCAGCUUGGCCUGACGACUAUGGCGAGGUGCAGUGGAACAGCGAUCGCGUCGCCGUAAUUGGCUCUGGUGCUUCUUCCAUCCAGGCCGUGGCUGGGAUACAACCUCAUGUCGGUCAUCUCGAUAUCUUUGUGCGGACGGGUGUGUGGUUUGGAGUCCUUGCAGGAAACACCGGCGCGCCAACCAAAAUCUACAGCGAGGCCGAGCGCGCGCAAUUCAGGUCCAAUCCUUCAGCACUAGUCGAGCAUACAAAGAGUAUCGAGGCAGAAGUAAACGGCAUGUGGGGGGCCUUCUACCGGGAUUCUAUGGCGCAGAAGGGCGCAUCGGCCUUCUUUCGACAGCGUAUGGCGAGCAUUAUCAAAGAUGAUAGACUGGCCAAGGGCUUCACGCCGACUUUUGGUUUCGGAUGCCGUCGCAUCACACCAGGAGACCCGUAUAUGCACGCCAUUCAGCAGGCGAACGUCGAUGUACAUUUCACUGCCGUAGCCAGCUGCACUGAAGAUGGCAUCGUUGGCGCUGAUGGGAUUGAGCGAUUGGUCGACACCAUCGUCUGUGCGUCAGGAUUCGACAAUACAUAUCGUCCGCAAUUUCCCAUCAUCGGCCGACGGGGCGUCGAUCUGCGAGAUAAAUGGAAGACAAAUCCCGAAGCAUACCUGGGUCUGGCCGUGCCAGAUAUGCCCAACUACAUCACCUUCAUUGGGCCCUCGUGGCCGAUUCAAAACGGUAGUGUGAUGGCGCCGCUGCAUUCGGUAUCUGAAUAUGCGAUUCAGUUCCUCAAAAAGAUGCAGAACGAGAAUAUCCGGGCCUGGGCGCCUCGCCAGCAGAUUACGGACCGCUUCAACGAGCAUGUACAGGAGUGGGUGAAGCACACAGUUUGGAGUGAUCAAUGUCGCAGCUGGUACAAGAACAACGAGACCGGCCGAGUAAACGCCAUCUGGCCCGGCUCCUCUCUGCACUACCAAGCUGUCAUUGAGCGGCCGCGAUACGAGGACUUUGAGAUUUCCUACGCGGAUGCUAAUCCAUGGGCACAUCUGGGGAUGGGAUGGACGAUGCUCGAUAGAGCGGGCGGAAAGCAAGCGGACGUGUCGCCACAUCUGUGCUUAGAGAACAUUGACCCAGUUUGGUUCAAAUCUAUUGGUGGUGAUGUCGAUAUACUGAGAAAGCAACUCGAGAAAGGACAUACCCUUCCAAACAAUGCUUCUCACGCGGAGGCGUAACCACUGCGGUGGUAUAUAUCUUAUCCAAUCAAAGCCUCAUUCUGCACUUUGAGUUGUUUUCCAAGGCGGCGAUCUGUGGUAGAGAUAGAGACAAUAUUAUCCUCAAUGGUAUGGAUUGUCCCUGGAGAGAGCAGGCGUGGAAGCCCCCUUGUUGUGUUGCCGUGAACUCCGUAGAGAACUGGGGUAGAAGAAAUAAAAAGAUAAAAAGCCUAUUCUUGA